GGGGAGGGCGGAAGUGCGGACCACCGGAGGGCGGAAGUGCGGGCCGGCCGGGCGGAAGCGCUCGUCAGGCCCCCGCCAUGGCGGCGCUCGGCCGGCAGGUCCUCCACGGGCAGCGCACCUGGGCCCGCACCUGGGCCCGCACCUGGGCCCCCACCUGGGCCCGCACCUGGGCCCGCACCUGGGCCCCCACCUGGGCCCGCCUGGCUGCGCGGCCCCGCGGAGAGCAGAGAAGGACCGCAGCCUCCAGCGGAGGGGGCCGCGCGGCGUCGCCCCGUGCGCAGACCCUGGAGGACGCGCAGGAGCCCGGGUGCGGGGUGCGCGCCCCGCCGGGCGCCCUGGAGAAGCGGAGCGGCCCCGUGGCUCCGGGCCCGGGCGCGCCGGGGGGGGUCGCGGGCGCCCUCCAGGCCAUGGGCUUCAGCGACGCGCACAUCCGGGGACUGCUCGGCGUGUGGCGCGGGGCGCAGCCUCGGCAGUUGCUGGACGUGGUUUCAGAGUUGAUGCUCCUGGGUGUGAACCCGGGGCCCGUGUGUGCGGCGGCGCGGAGCAGCCCGCCCUUGUUGGACCUGCCCGCGGCGCACGUGAAGAGGCGCUCCAGCUACCUGCGGAGGCUUGGCCUCGGAGAAGGGAAACUGAAGACGCUGCUUCUCUGUUGCCCUGAAGUCUUCACCAUGCACCAGAGGGACAUUGACAGCAUCGUGGGGGUUCUCAAGGACAAAUGCCUUUUCACGGGACAACAGGUGACCAGGAUUUUGCACAGAUGCCCCUAUGUUCUUCGGGAGGACCCUGGUGACCUCGAAUACAAAUUCCAGAGACCGUGUAAGAAUCCUGUCAGGUGGCAGUUCCCACCUGGAGCGAUCGUGACCCAGGGAACAUCCAGCAACAUCGGAGGACGUUUUUGGUUGUUGGGACUUAAGGGGGGUGCUGUUGGGACCCGGAGGCUGGAGGCUGGGCUGCCGCGAAACAUCGUGCGGUGCACUGGACGGCCUUGAAACAACGGUCCAGCCUGAGAUGCCAGCCGGAAGCGGCCCGAGGCCUGGUCCGGUGGAAUGCAAUUGUAUGGAUUCAGGAGAACGUCAGAUUUGAAGCAGCCUUGAGUUUAUUUUGUUUCUUUAAUUGAAAAGAAAGUACAUAGCUGAGUUUUAAAGUGUGUUUCCCACGUGCACUAGAACGCCUGCUGGUAGGUUUGGGGCCUCAGCACUGAGGGGCAGAUGCUCUGUUUUCUCGGGGCUCUUGUUCGAGCACGACGGCAAAGAGAAAGACAUUUUCUGCAAAAGAAAAGUAGCUCAGUAAAUCCCUGCACAAUGGAGUGAGAUGUCGAGGCAGGAGGAGUCCUGGCCAACGGAGGUGCCGGAGGCGGCUGGCCCUGCCGGCUGGGUUUGCUGGCGGGACAGCGGUGGGAUAGGCGCAGGUCUCCUCAUCCGCUUCCGUGGCAGCCCACACGCUGUGGGAAGGAAGGCUGUGUCUUUGCUGGUUUUCUUGGCCACGGGCAAGGUGACAUGAAAAUGAAGGCAUUUUGCUCUGCCAGUGUUUUAACUUUUCUUCCAUUUUGUGGCGUCCCAAGUGACCGGCACUUUCCCUGGAACCUAGGAUGGGUGCUUGUGCCCAAUCGGGGACUAAGUAGAAUUAUAAACGUGCGUGAUCAGAACGGCUAACUCAGCAUCAAGAGUGCUCCUUUCAUUUUGAUACAGAAAUAAAUUUCUGUGCGCCUGAGAAUUUUCUGAUUGCAUUAUUAUUAAUUUCCUCGGGUGGAGUUUGAGUGUAUGUUUGAGGAAGGUGCCAGAGUUUUACGAAGGAACCGUGUGAAGAAAGCAGUGUCUCCUUACAAAUGUUUUCCAGGGUGAAUUGUAAUUCCUUUAGCGUCAGGAAGUCUUUUACUAGAUACCAAAUUUGUGAGACGGCAAGGUGGGUUAACUGUAAGACAACACAGCACCAAGCUCAGGAUUCAGUAGACUGUUUUUUGUAGAAACAAAUGUUUCUGAGUUAAAAACUGGAACACACUAGUGUCCACCUCAUGACUGAGGGGCGCGAGGUUAUUAACAUCGUAGUAGAGAGUUUAUCUACUUUUCCAGUGAUAUCACUUGACCUUGCCACUUGCUAGUGAUGCUGUAGCUUAUACAGGUGCACGGUGACGGGUCCCGGUGACACAGCAGGCGUCAGCAGGACGUGUGCCCGGGCCUGGCUUUCUCUGGGCUCACCCAGGGUGGGAGCCCCUGAUGCAGCCCGGCUGUCUUCUCCCGGUGGGCCUGGGGCACCGGCGCGUUCUGGAGUACAGUAGAGACUUCUGGAAAUGACAGUUCCUCCUCUCGGAAAAUAACAGAUUGUCUAAUACACAGACAUAUGCACGCAAAACUUUAAUAAAAAUAAAAAGCCUAUAAUAUA